AAUGCAACAGCAACAACAACGUCGAAUGUUCACAGCUGCCCUUCUGGCACUUGUUUUCAUUUUGGCAGCUGUAAGCACCACUGAGGCUGGCAAAAAAGAGAAACCAGAGAAAAAGGCGAAGAAGUCCGACUGUGGGGAAUGGCAGUGGAGUGUCUGUGUACCCACCAGUGGUGACUGUGGCCUGGGGACACGUGAGGGCACUCGCAGUGGAGCUGAGUGCAAGCAAACCACCAAGACUCAGAAGUGUAAGAUUCCCUGCAACUGGAAGAAGCAAUUUGGAGCAGAGUGUAAAUACCAGUUCCAGGCCUGGGGAGAAUGUGACUUGAAUACUGCCUUGAAGACUCGAACUGGGAACCUAAAGAGAGCCCUUCAUAAUGCUGACUGCCAGAAGACCGUCACAAUCUCAAAGCCUUGUGGGAAGCUUACCAAACCCAAACCUCAAGAAUCCAAGAAGAAGAAAAAGGAAGGCAAGAAACAAGAGAAGAUGCUGGAUUAAUAGAGCCAACUUGGGCAGUGUGAGAAAGGGACAUCAGCAAACAGAAUCAGUUAACAGUUUCAUUUAUACCUAGGCAUUUUAUCCUAAAAUUAUUUAUAGCUUAAUGGUACAAUAGAAGGAAACAAGCAAACACAUGCAAAAAAAUCUUUUUUUAUUACUUUUGUGUUUUUUAAUGUAUAACCCUAACAACAAUUUUUAGAGGCCUGCAAUAAAGGACUCCAAACUCA